UUUCUGACUCCAGGUGCAAUCAAGGCAUGCAACGUUCGAACUACGACACAUUUCCCGUCGUCCACUGUGCAUCAUGGGUAUCCUGUCGGCGGGAUCGGCAUGUAUGUACGACGUGGAAGGCAACAUCUUGACGACGACGCAGUGUCCCGUCGGUGCCGUGGCGUGUAUCGUCUCCGCGGUCGGAUGUGAUGUCGUCAAGUCCUUCAACACGCCAGCCCUGCUCCCCAGCUUCAUCGUCGCCGACGUGCCCAUUGCAUACCUCGAGAUGCUUCCUGCGAAUGCGAGCCGCAUAACCUUGAAAGGAAACGGUAUCUCGCGAGUGGGGGACUUGAGGUUAGACCGAGAUGGCAAGCCGUCCACCACGAUCUCGCUAUCGUUGAUCGACCAAACUCUGAUGACCUUGGACCGAAGUACUCGCUUCCCUCCAACCCUUCAAUCCUUGUCGUUGGCUCGUUCGUCCUUGACUGCCAUUCGUAACACAUCCUUCCCCAUCACACUCACGUCCUUGGACCUAAGCUAUUCCAUUCUCCAUGAAUUCGUCGUGGACCCCCUUUCGUUCCGCACGCUCUCGCGCCUGACAUCAUUCGGCACGAAUGUCACCAUCAACGUUUCGUCGUCCACAUGCUCGUCCAUUCCUGGAGCAUCCUUCGAAUCCGUUCAAAAUGGCCGGUUCUUCCUUUGUGUUGUCAACACGACCAUGUCCAAUGGCAACAAUGCCGCCACCAUGAUGCACGACCCCACGACUUCGAUACCGUCGCAUGCAAUCACCGGCGACGCAUCGACCCUUCCGUCUCCAUCUUCGCUCGUCGUGACCAUCGCCCUCGUUAGCGUCCUCGUCGUCGGUGUAAUUGUCGUCGUGUUCUGUUUGGUCCGUCGACGGCAUGCUUCAUCGUCCCCUUUUUUCCCUACCAGUCGAACCACGCGCCGCCUUUCGUCGAGCUUUUUCCUGAAUUCUCCACCGAAAGCCACGAUUCGAGGCAGUCUCGUGGGACUUCACGACGUUCGAUUCGAUCCGGCCGUUGCCUCCGCCCGUCUAGCACGGUCCGACCUCCGUUCCGUGCAUACGGUUCAUGCAGACGGCCUAGCCAUCGUUUCUUUUGGGUACUGGAAGGUCCAUGUCCCCGUCACUAUUCGCCAACUUCAACCGAACACCCCAGUCUCGUCUAUCGCAACCUUCAUGGACGAAGUCCAAACGUGCGUGUCAAUCGUGCAUGAUCAUGUGGUGCCCUGUGUCGGUGUCGCGUGGAGCACAUCGUCGGAUAUCGCGAUUGUGUCGGAACACAUGGAAGGCGGAACGCUUCAGAGCCACAUGGCGCAAUAUGGCCACACUCGGCAGUUCCACGCGGCGAAAUGGGUCGUUGCGUUUCAAAUCGCUGACGCCCUCGUGUACUUGCACGCACAGAGCAUUAUUUAUAGGACGCUGCAUGCUGAAUCGGUGCUGUUAUCGGCAGAUGGCCACCCCAAGCUGUCGAAUCACGGCCUUCGCAGGACCAAUCGAAGGCGGAACGACGGUGGAGGGGUGUCAUUGGUGUGGUCGCACCUAGCCUCUACCGCGCCAGAGCUUCUAAAUCGCGGCGACCACACAUCAGCCAGCGACGUGUAUGCGCUGGGGGUCCUUCUCUGCGAGUUGGAUAAAGGCACGUCGUUUUCCUCCGUGGACGCGAAAGGUGAAGAAACGCUCCGUGGCGACGUCGAGCGCAUCGUCCUUGGCAAAUUCCAGCCCGAGAUAUCCUCGUCUUGCCCUGAGGACAUUGCGGCACUCAUCCGUGCAUGCGUCCACGUGAAUCCAACAGAGCGACCGACGGCCGAAGCCGUGCUUCACGCACUCCGGCCGUUCAACCAGGACGCUAGCGGCGCCGUGGAGGUAUAGGGAAGCAGUAUGUAGUUUGUUCAUAUGUAGCAAGUCUCUUGUGUCCUCCAUGUGCAUCAUGCAAUACCAGACACCGCGGAAUGGUACUAUCCAUCGUUGUGUUCGUUGGGGCGACCUUUCCUGCAUCGUCGGUUUAGGCGUUCCCCAUCACUCCAUGAAGAAACGCGUCAUGUUUGUAAUGCAA